AGACUCUGUGACCCAACGAAAAAGUUAAAAGAAACACACAAGAAAAAAAACACACAAGAAAAAAGAAUAAUAGGAAGAAGAUGAAACUUAUUUGGUCACCGGAAACAGCAUCAAAGGCUUACAUCGACACCGUUAAAUCGUGCGAGAAGCUUGGAACGCCAGGAGCGGCGGAGCUAGUAGCGGCUAUGGCGGCGGGGUGGAACGCGACUCUAAUCGUGGAAACAUGGUCGGAAGGAGAAACCAUAGACAUUAGCGUUGGUUUAAACGUAGCGAGUCAACACACAAAUGCAAGACACAUUUGUAUUGUACCAAACGCAAUAUCAGAAGCCGCUUAUCUUCAAGCCAUGACACAACAAUCUUGCUCCACCUUGCCUGAAACAAUCAUUAUGAACGAGGAAGAAGAAGGAAACUCCGAGGACACGAUGCAGAAGCUGCAAGGAAUCGAUUUCUUGGUAAUUGAUUGGGAUCAAAAGGAUUUUGCAGCAAACGUUUUGAGAAACGCUGCGUUUGGUAGCAGAGGAGCUGUUGUGGUGUGCAGAAGCGGUUACAGGAGAAGCACGUCAUGUUUCAGUUGGACAAAAGCGUUUAGUGACCGGAACGUUGUGAGAACGGUGACUCUUCCGGUUUCAGGUGGUCUAGAAAUUGCUCAUGUGGCUGCACCGAGAAUCUCUGGGAAGAGUGAUAACAACAACAAGAGGAAAUGGAUCAAACAUAUUGAUCAAAGAUCAGGAGAAGAACAUGUUAUUAGAAAGUAAACAAAUAAAUAUAAAACUAUAUAGACAAAGUGUGUAAUGAUGAUAUGUUUGAUAUUUGUACAUAAAGCAAUUGUUAUUGGAACAUUUGAUUGUUGUAUUACAUUACACUUAAUGAAAAUGGCAGCAGACUCUAUGAAGCACGGGGACGUCAAUGGGAUUGACGUAUCCGUACCG